CUGCAGGACACUCUGUACACGUUUAAUACCUCGUCGUGCAAGCCAAUCUUUUUGGGACUGGCUUCUGAUCCUGGGACCACACUCUAGCAACUGCUACUUUCCUGCUGCAAAGGAGACAGGCGACCCGUAGGUAAGUAAGUAGGUAGGCGGUGUUGCGAAUUCUUGUUGCAUAAUACGCCUCCCGUACGCCUCGUCCUUUUUUGUUUUAUUUUUUAUUUGACACGUCCUCGCUAACAUUCGGAUUCCAUACAUCAUCUUUGGAAACUCCUUGACUUACCUGCCCUGCCCCUCUGCUCCGUUCUGUUUCUUUUCCAACCCUUUCGUCACGCCAACUUCACACUACGUCAAAGUGAACGACUACGCAGCCCUCUCCCCUUCUUCCACACAACACAUCCGCAGACGAAGUUGUUUCAUACGACUGUAGAAGAGAGAGACAGACUUAAGAUCCACCCCAUGCCCGACUUCUAAUUCCUCUCGUUCCGUCCUCGGUCGCGCCCUCCAUUCGUUCCACUACACUAAUCCACCCGACCCGAACGCGCGCUCGAAUACGACAACCAAGCCAACGACCUGUUUUCUCCCAGCGGCUCGCUCACCUUGUAGUUGGAGAUUACCUCCCGUCGAGUCACCCAACGCAGUCCCUGCCAUUCUACAUCCACCAUCACCAUACAAUAAUUUAAUUCGAAGCUCCAGAAACCCCACGUUCACUGCCUGCGGACAAGACACUUUCGAUUCCGAAACCUCGAUUACCCCCAGUCAAGCGCAUAUUGGACCCCCAUCUCUGCCCAUUCCUCGAACCCUCGAAUCAUCGGGGUCCUCGUAGUCCUCCCGCGUCAGCCGGCUUGUCCUGCUCAUCCAAGACCAUCUUGUGCACGGCGCAAGUCGAGUGUCUCUCAGUAAUUUGAUUGCAUGGUUGCUGGCUUGGCAAAGAAACCACCACUGCCGGCAAGAUGGGUCGUAAUAGAGGUUCGUACUCGCCUGCUCUCCCACAUUCCCCCUCCCCCCCGUGCGUCCCUUCCCUUGCCUUGCUUUCCUUUGCAUUGCCUUGUCUUGCAGCAGGUUGUUGUGCGUAGGAGGCUUUUUCGCGCCGGCGCAUGUUUGCGUGCGUUCCAAUCCUACCUAUGGCGUCUACGCAGCAGCAACCCAAUAUUCCUUCUCCCCCUUCAUCGAGUUGCGCAUGGUGUGCCGGUAUUGUUAAUUCCAUGCGCCAACAUCAAAUACACAUGCGAGGCCCUUUUAUUUAUUUAUUUCCUUGCUACCUCCCCUUCCUAGUCAGCUCAGCUGGCUUUCCACUAAACCCAGCUCUUAUCCUCGUCCUCGUCCCGCCCAAGCCUCCAUCCCUUCCUAGCCCGCCCCUCCCAUCACCUCCUCCGGCGCCGGGGCCCUCCCCCCCAAUUCCCUCCCCUCGGUCACUUUCUCGCAUCCCCGUCGUGUGGUCCUGGCCAAUUACUUGGGCGUCAGGCAAUAAUACUAUUUAUCCGCCAGCAGUAUCAUUGCUGCUAGACGGGCGCGCAUUAUGCUGACCAAAUCUGCGUCUUCGGUGGGAAUAGUCCUCUCCUUCAUGUCCCAAUUUUCUGGCACACCCAGGGACGCCGGCAAGAAUCAACCAACUCCAAAUUCGUCACCCCCCCACGACUCGACCACACCUUUUCCUCCGUACAACCUCAAGUCGCAACCACCACCGCCAGCGCACCAGAAAACGGAACCCUUCCCAGAGCCUCCCUCCAGUUUUGGCCAGCGCCCCGCAACCCCUACUUCGCCGGCACGUCCACACUCCGAAUAUGCGUCAUCGCCAGCCAACGGAACUGCCAACAGCUCGCCCGUAAAUAGCCCCAGAUCCGUCACCGGCCGACAACGCAGCUCCUCCCGCCCACUUUCGAUGGUAAUGCCAUACCAGCCGCCCCUUAUGGAUAUCAACGAGGAUACCAUUCCCGAGCUCCAGCCCAUCUUCACCUUCCUCAAUAGCCAUGCGAACAAGCUGUAUCAGGAGGGCUACUUCCUAAAGUUGGACGACCAAAAUACCCAGGGAAAACCCAAUGCAGACCGCACAUGGACUGAAUGCUUCGCCCAGCUUGUCGGCACCGUUCUGUCGCUAUGGGAUGCCGCCGAAUUAGACGCCGCUGGCGAGGACGGCGAGAUCCUUCCAAAAUUCAUCAACUUGACGGACGCGUCCAUCAAAAUGAUCGAAUCCCUACCGACACGAUCCAACGAUGAGCAGCCACUGCAGAACAUCCUGAGCAUCUCAACUGCCGGUAGAAAUCGCUACCUGCUGCAUUUCAACUCUCACCACUCGCUGAUACAAUGGACCGCCGGCAUCAGACUCUCCAUGUACGAGCAUUCGACGCUGCAGGAGGCCUACACGGGUGCCUUGAUCGCCGGCAAGGGCAAGUCUCUCAACAACAUCAACUUGAUCAUGGAUAGAUCAAAGUUCAAGACGGAGGAGUGGGUGCGCGUGCGCUUUGGCGCUGGAGUUCCCUGGAGACGCUGUUGGUGCGUCAUAUCUCCGCCUGACGAAAAGGAGUACGCAAAGGCACAGAAGGAGAUGCGCAAGAAGUCGCCCUACGACCGCUCCACGCCUACCCUCAAGGGAGACAUCAGAUUCUACGAUACCAAGAAGGACGGCAAGAAACAGAAGAAGGCCCGCCCUAUUGCCACGAUUACCGAUGCCUACUCGUCGUACGCUAUCUACCCGCAGACCAAAUCGCUGAUCGAUGCGUCCACCCUACUGAAGGUCGAGGGCAACAUCACCAUUCACUCCGAGCCGCCCUCUUCGACAGAGGGCUUCGUGUUUAUCAUGCCCGAAACCCACCCCGCCGUGAGCGGUUUCGAGAUGCUACUGCGCUUCCUCUUCCCCACGUGGGAUACCUUCGGCCUCUACGGCCGCCCCGGCAGGCUCGUCGCCAGUGUUCUGGACCCGAGGUCUCUCAUGUUUGCCAUGCCCAAGCAUCGAAGAUACGGGUACCUCGAGAUUCUCGACGUUGCCGGACUGAUCUUGGAAGAAGGGAGCUCGUCCUGGUCGGAGCGUGAGUGGCGGAAGAAGCUCAAAGAGCUCACCGGUAAGCGGAUGAAUGCCGUCGAUGAGAGCCAAGGCGCUCGUCAAAGAAGUGGAAGCAAGAAGAGCAACCGUCUCAGCUUCGGCAACGGCACCUCAAGCCCUGUUCCGGUCAAGCCCAGAGUGGGCUUUGCUGACGAUGCUGUUUCCAACCGUUCGUCUCGAUCCAUGUCUCUGGGCACGCCUAACCGCUCAGAGACGGCUCCCGUCACAACUUCACGUGCGCCUCCCCCUCUGCUGGCAGGCAUUAACAAGGCACACCAUGCUCGCAAUUCUUCAGACCCUCACCUGCUAGGCCAUACACCGCCGCAGCAGCGUACCCAAGACGGUGGCUACGACAGCUCCCACAACACCUCAUACAACAGCUCACCUGCACGUGGCCCUACCCCAGUCAGGGGUGUUCUUCGCUCAGGAACCCAGAGCUCAGAGGAGGACACUGCGCGCAGCACCCCAGUGCGUGAGAUUGAGGGAAGUGUGCGGAACAUGGACUCACCAGAGCCGGUUGCUGCGCCGCCUGCUUUCAAUCACGGUCCUAACUCGAAGCCUGCUGGCAAACCUUACCAUUCCCCAGAUCUGCGCAGGGCCACCACUCGCUUGUCCAACACGACCCUGACCCAGUUGACAAAAUCUGGAGGAUUUGUGAUCCCUCCCGACAGCCCUUCUGAUGCCUCAUCAGAGCGUAGAAGUGGAGAGGCGACUGCACCACCAAACCCAUUGGUACAUCCUCAAGCCAAUCCUGUAGGAGGCACUGCUAACGAAACUCUGUCUCGUGAAGCUCUGACCCCUAACCCAACCCCUCCCCCCUCCGGUGGUCUGCCGCCCCCUAUUCCGCCCAUGAACCAGAAGCGUUCCCGAUCGCCCCUUGCCCAGCAGUCGUUCGGGCCCCCAAGCCCUCAUCCCCAGGGCCCUCUGCCUCCCCAUCCCGAAGCCCGUGAUCACCAAGAUGCGAACGGCCCUCCCCUAAUUGAUGAUUGGAGAGGUCCCCAACAGAUGAGGAGUCCUGUCGAGGGCCAGCAUCCUCAGUUUCCUCAGCAACAGAUUCGCCCUCAGCCUUCCUUCAGCAACUUUUCCCGGCCAGAGGGAGCUAGGACGCCCCCUAUCGGCGGAUUGGGCCGAGUACCUACUCCAGAGAUGCGGAGCCGCGGCGUCAACGCCCAAGUCAUGGGCCCGCCGCCGCCGCCUCCUUCGAAUCAGUCCAGAGACCCUCGCGUACAGGGCCGCGGUAUUCCGCUCCCCGGCAUCGACACAAACUCUGCGUUUCAACGCAAACCACUUCCAGCUCGCUCGGACAGCCUGAGGAGCCCUCAGGAUACGCCCCUAUCAACAUCCAGUGGCGGUAGCUGGGGUAACAGCAUCAUCGACCAAGCGGGUUUCCAGCAGGUUCAACCCCGCGAUCCCCGACAGCGUACGCCAUUGCCCGAGCAACAGAUUCACAGAGUGCAGACACAAAGAAGCGACGCCAGCUACUACGACGACGCAUCGUCGACUGCCAGCCCAGACUACGCCAGCCGCAAGUCGAGUGAGACGCAGCGUUCCCAGAAGUCUUUCGAACGGCCCAGAGCUGGUGUUUUAAAGACUGUGGGUGGCGCAGAAUCACCCCACUCAGACAUGAACAUUCCUGACAUCAACUUUGGUCCCACGGUCAACUACGCUGCUAGUCAACCCGCCAGGAACAAGACACCGACGCCCUUGAACUACCAGAGUGGCAUGCCGGGCCCGCAGCGACCCUUUUCUCCGGCCGAGGCUAUGUCUCCCCCGCACGAUCAAGGACACAGCCGACAGGAUUCUGAGGAUACGGUCAGAAAGGUUGCCUGGCAACCCGGCGCCGCCGCCGUGUCAACCGGUCAGGGCAUCAGCCCAGAGCAGUUUGUGCAGCAGCGUGCCGCCCAGGCCACCACUUCUAUGUAUGCCCACGGCCGGACGCCUUCGGGCAACAUUCUGACGAUGCGAUCGAUGACUCCUACUCCUUCCAUGAACCGAAGAGGCUCUUCAGAGAUGCUCGCUCGCCACUCCCGAAGUAUUUCGGCAGACCUUCUGCAGCGUCCCAGCUCUCGUGGUGCCAAUACGAUUCUCGACACUGCCAGCAGUGGCGAGGUUUCGUCGCACCUUUCGGCUCGCGAGCAAGAGCACGUGGCACGCAUGACAGGCUCGCCCCUCAUCACUGUGGCCGGCAACCGAAACGGCCAACAGAGCCAACCGGGGGCGGGCCUGGUAGGUGCGAUACACGCCCGCGAGCGCGAGAGACAGCAGGCCAAGCAGGGCAUGAACACGCAAGCAGUGCAGCAAGCCAUCAACCAGCGGCAACAACAACAGCAGGCCUUGGUCUACCAACAGCAGAUUCAACGACAGCAGCAACAGCAGGCCUACCAGCAGCAGCAACAACAACAACAACAACAACAAAUGUACGCUCAACAACAGCACCAGCAGCAGUACCAGUACCAGCAUCACCAGCAACCCAUGUCCCCUCAGGGUAUGUAUGCUCAGAGCAACAUGUCUCGCGGCCAGAUGGGACCCCCUCGAGGGCAGCCGAGCGGCUACGGUGCCGGACCCGCGCCGAACUUUGGUUACGGUCAAGGAAGUAGCUAUGGGCCAACGAGCAACUACGGUCAAACUGGCGGUUACAGCCAGGGAGGCGGCUAUGCCAACCCGAUGGCGAUGCGGCAGGGUCGUCAGUCGCCCGGGCCCCAGAUGAUGGACCCUCGGUUUAUGCCGCAGGGCCCCUAUUCCCCGGGGUCUCAACAAGGCGGACGAGGCCAAAACUACCCAGCGCAGUACCAUGGACAGGGGCAGGGACAGGGACAAGGACAGGCGUUCUAGUUUGUCUGACGAGUGUGGGAAAGGAGUAAGAGAGAGAUCAUGGAGAGAAGAAAAACAUUGGGAACGGCAUUGAAAGACUACACUAUACACCAAGAGGGCCGCACGCCCGGCAGUCGAGAUCAAGUGUAUGUUUACAAACGGAAUAACCCUCAUGAUAGGCGUUCAAGGGGAACCACACUCGCAGGAAAUGUGGUUGAGAUGUUGGCUCCCAAAGUGGAAAGGCAUCCGGGUCUUCUUUUGUUGCAUUGUGUAGAGUCUUGAGGAAAUAGCAUUGAUGGAUAUCGAGACGGCCGAACGGAUAUGACAAACUAGCGUGGUCCAACAAAGCAAGCGUGG